CCCCAAACAAGCUGUUUGUCAAGACGUACUAAUUCCGCUCCUGAGCUGCAAAGAAUGCAUGUUAAACUAUUUGUGUGGUUACUUAACAGUGGUGCACUAUGUGUUAACAAACAAAUGUAAGCUACAUAUGUAGCUAUUUUGCAAGCUGAUACAGAUAACAAUAAAUAAAUAAAACAGGAACCACCUAAGGCAAGAUAUAAUAAUUUAAAAUCAUAUAAUAACCUUCUUAUAGUUUUUCUGUAUUUUUCUAUAACUUAGAUAAAAUGAAUGUGAGGUUGGUUGGUGGUAACAGUCGCUGUGCUGGUAGAGUGGAGGUUCUUCAUAGAGGUCAGUGGGGAACAGUGUGUGGUGCUGGAUGGGAUUUGGUUGAUGCUGCAGUGGUGUGUAGAGAACUGGACUGUGGAGAACCUGUAGAUGCUCUGGGUGAUGCUCAUUUUGGACAAGGAUCAGGACCAAUCUGGAUGACUGCUUUGUGUUUUGGAUCAGAGUCUACACUGAAGAACUGUUGGUCAGGAGGAUGGGGUAAAACCACAUGUGAUCAUUCUAAAGAUGCUGGAGUCAUCUGCUCAGAAGUCCGAUUGGUUGGAGGUUCUCGCUGCUCUGGGAGGUUAGAGAUACUUCAUGAUCAGACGUGGAUGUCAGUGUGUGACGCUGCCUUUGACCAGCAGGAUGCAGAGGUUGUGUGUAGAGAGCUGGACUGUGGGGCUCCUGUACAGGUGCUGGGAGCAGCUGCUUUUGGCAAAGGAGACACUCAGAUGUGGACACAAGAGAUUCAGUGUAGAGGAAAUGAAUCUCAGAUUCACCUCUGUCCAACAUCACCAUCAGUCAAAGGAAACUGUUCUUGGGAACAGAACAUUGGUUUGUUGUGUGCUGGUGUCAGGCUGGUUGGAGGUUCUCGCUGCUCUGGGAGGUUAGAGAUACUUCAUGAUCAGACGUGGAUGUCAGUGUGUGACGCUGCCUUUGACCAGCAGGAUGCAGAGGUUGUGUGUAGAGAGCUGGACUGUGGGGCUCCUGUACAGGUGCUGGGAGCAGCUGCUUUUGGCAAAGGAGACACUCAGAUGUGGACACAAGAGAUUCAGUGCAGAGGAAAUGAAUCUCAGAUACACUUCUGUCCAACAUCACCAUCACAUGAAAAAAACUGUUCUCAUGACAGUCAUGUUGGACUGGCUUGCAAUGUUAGAGUGAGGUUGGUUGGUGGUCACAGUCGCUGUGCUGGUAGAGUGGAGGUUCUUCAUAGAGGUCAGUGGGGAACAGUGUGUGAUCAUGACUGGGAUAUGACUGAAGCUGCAGUGGUGUGUAGAGAACUGGACUGUGGAGAACCUGUAGAUGCUCUGGGUGGUGCUCACUUUGGACAAGGAUCAGGACCAAUCUGGGAUGAUCUCAUGUUAUGUACUGGAUCAGAAUUUUCACUGAAGAUUUGUGCAUCAAUAAAAUGGAGUUUUUAUGACUGUGAUCAUACUAAGGAUGCAGGAGUCAUCUGCUCAGAUGUCAAGCUUGCUGGAAACACCAGUUGCUCUGGGAGGUUAGAGAUACUUCAUGAUCAGACGUGGAUGUCAGUGUGUGACGCUGCCUUUGACCAGCAGGAUGCAGAGGUUGUGUGUAGAGAGCUGGACUGUGGGGCUCCUGUACAGGUGCUGGGAGCAGCUGCUUUUGACAAAGGAGACACUCAGAUGUGGACACAAGAGAUUCAGUGCAGAGGAAAUGAAUCUCAGAUUCACCUCUGUCAAACAUCUCCAUUGCACAAACACAACUGUUCUCGUGAUAAUUACCAGGGGCUACUGUGUGCUGACUAUGAGAAUGUGAGGUUGGUUGGUGGUCACAGUCGCUGUGCUGGUAGAGUGGAGGUUCUUCAUAGAGGUCAGUGGGGAACAGUGUGUGAUGAUGACUGGGAUUUGGCUGAUGCUGCAGUGGUGUGUAGAGAACUGGACUGUGGAGAACCUGUAGAUGCUCUGGGUGAUGCUCAUUUUGGACCAGGAUCAGGACCAAUCUGGAUGAUUGCUUUGUGUUCUGGAUCAGAGUCUACACUGAAGAACUGUAGGUCAUUUGGAUGGGGUAAAACCAGAUGUGAUCAUUCUAAAGAUGCUGGAGUCAUCUGCUCAGAAGUCCGGUUGGUUGGAGGUUCUCGCUGCUCUGGGAGGUUAGAGAUACUUCAUGAUCAGACGUGGAUGUCAGUGUGUGACGCUGCCUUUGACCAGCAGGAUGCAGAGGUUGUGUGUAGAGAGCUGGACUGUGGGGCUCCUGUACAGGUGCUGGGAGCAGCUGCUUUUGGCAAAGGAGACACUCAGAUGUGGACACAAGAGAUUCAGUGUAGAGGAAAUGAAUCUCAGAUUCACCUCUGUCCAACAUCACCAUCAGUCAAAGGAAACUGUUCUCUGGAACAGAACAUUGGUUUGUUGUGUGCUGUAAAUGUGAGGUUGGUUGGUGGUCACAGUCGCUGUGCUGGUAGAGUGGAGGUUCUUCAUAGAGGUCAGUGGGGAACAGUGUGUGAUGUUGGUUGGGAUUUGGCUGAUGCUGCAGUGGUGUGUAGAGAACUGGACUGUGGAGAACCUGUAGAUGCUCUGACUGAUGCUCAUUUUGGACAAGGAUCAGGAACAAUUUGGAUAAAAAAUGCAUUGUGUUUUGGAUCUGAGUCCACACUUAAGAAAUGUGGAUCCAUACCAUUUAUUUAUCAUGGCGAUUGUCUUGAUAAAAAUGCUCAAGUAAUUUGUUCAGGUGUCAGGCUGGUUGGAGGUUCUCGCUGCUCUGGGAGGUUAGAGAUACUUCAUGAUCAGACGUGGAUGUCAGUGUGUGAUGCUGCCUUUGACCAGCAGGAUGCAGAGGUUGUGUGUAGAGAGCUGGACUGUGGGGCUCCUGUACAGGUGCUGGGAGCAGCUGCUUUUGACAAAGGAGACACUCAGAUGUGGACACAAGAGAUUCAGUGCAGAGGAAAUGAGUCUCAGAUUCACCUUUGUCCAACAUCACCAUCACAUGAAAAAAACUGUUCUCAUGACAGUCAUGUUGGACUGGCUUGUGCAGGCAAUGUUAGAGUGAGGUUGGUUGGUGGUCACAGUCGCUGUGCUGGUAGAGUGGAGGUUCUUCAUAGAGGUCAGUGGGGAACAGUGUGUCAUGAUGACUGGGAUUUGGCUGAUGCUGCAGUGGUGUGUAGAGAACUGGACUGUGGAGAACCUGUAGAUGCUCUGGGUGGUGCUCACUUUGGACAAGGAUCAGGACCAAUCUGGGAUAAUCUCAUGUUAUGUACUGGAUCAGAAUUUUCACUGAAAAUUUGUGCAUCAGUAAAAACGACUUUUCAUAGCUGUGAUCAUACUAAUGAUGCAGGAGUCAUCUGCUCAGAUGUCAGGCUUGCUGGAAACACCAGUUGCUCUGGGAGGUUAGAGAUACUUCAUGAUCAGAUGUGGAUGUCAGUGUGUGACGCUGCCUUUGACCAGCAGGAUGCAGAGGUUGUGUGUAGAGAGCUGGACUGUGGGGCUCCUGUACAGGUGCUGGGAGCAGAUGCUUUUGGCAAAGGAGACACUCAGAUGUGGACACAAGAGAUUCAGUGUAGAGGAAAUGAAUCUCAGAUUCACCUCUGUAAAACAUCUCCAUUGCACAAACACAACUGUUCUCAUGAUAAUUACCAGGGGCUACUGUGUGCUG